AUUUUGUCUGUAAUGGAAUAUGUCCACCGAUGUUUUUCAGGAAAUGAGGAGUGAAGCAGAUGAACUUGCAAGAGGACAUCAACAAAAAAGGAAACCUCAGGGAGAACCCAACAGGCACUCAUCUAAGAGAAGGCAGAGUGCUACUGUCGUUCACGAUGUCCACGUGAAGGAGAUGGAGAAUGAUCAACCACCACCUGAAGGCUUCUUGUCAAAAUAUGUUCCACCAGAGCCUAUGAAUAAGGCAAAAGGCGGUAUUCCACCUAACCAACUGGAGUCUUGGCCGAGUGACUCCAUCAGUCACAGGGAAGAUGGGCUGGUUCAGAAACCUGGUGGUAAUGCACUUGGAGAAGGAACCAAACACUGCAGCGUCUCUAUAGGUGACCCAAAAGUCACAGCAAUGUCUUCAGUGGAAACUAUGCCAAAUACAUGGAAAAUCAGUCCUGCCAUGCAAGGGAAAAUUAAUGAUGAUGUAAAAUAUCAUUUAAUGAAGGAAGUUCAAAAGUUUGAACGAAAUAGCACCUCCGCCGGUCACAGGUUUUGCCUGGUGGAAUGA